AGUGAUUGAACCGGUGCCGAGCGGCGCGGGGCCGCGGCACAGGCGCGCCAUGUGUCGACCUGUGACCGCUGGAACAGGCACGCUAGUGACUGCGACAGCCGUGUGGUGAAGAUCCACUGCUGAGGCCUGAGAAGUGAAUAUCAAAGAAGUUCAAUCACAAACAUUUUACCCGCUAUUAACGUGUGGUGCAUUGAAUCAGCAUACCUAUAUCAGCAGAUUAUAUUCGCCGGAAAUAGCGGUCUCGUGCAGUAAUGCGGCUGCCGCGUCUGCGAGCUGUGCCCAUAGCCAAAUUUCAGAGUUUUUUAUGGGCGCAUUCUUUUGAGACGAUCUUCAUUGUAAGAUAUGGUCCUAAAAUUGUCAUUUUAAUUGCAAGAUGACAUGCAAACUACUCUCAUCAAUCAAUGUAGCCACCAGCUGGUUUGUGGGAGCUAGCAUCUACCCUUCUCUGCCAUGCCUCUGCUGGAGCUGCCCAUACCUCUGCUGCGGCGCCUGGCUGGUCUCUGCUCCCCUGCCUCUCGGUGUGUUGUGCUCUCUCUGACUCAUCAACGGCCCACCUCGGCACCCCUCCACCUGCCUUCGGACGACGCGGACGACUCGCGCGGCGCCGGCGACCGCGCCGGCCGGCCCGAGACCGCCUAUGCAGAGCCGACGCGCUCGCGGCGCAAGUUUGUGGAGCGUUUCCUGCGCCGGGAGCUGGGCCUGAGCUGGUCGUGCGCCGAGCGGGAGGCGGCCCGGUGGCGGCUGCCCACGGACGCCGGCCUGCCGCUGCUGGCCGACAACCUGGCCUUCCUCACAGAGCGCGGGGUGCAGCUGCGCCACCUGCAGCAGGACGUGGACGUGCUGGCCGUACCGCAUGGUGACCUGCUGCGGGUGCACGGCCUGGUGAGCGGCCUGCCAUGCGCCGAGUACUGUCACUACUACCCGCUGAGCCGUGCGCGGCCCGACCUGGUGGAGCCGCUGUUCCGGCGCCUGCCGACGCCGCACUCCAACCUGGUGCACCAGCUGGCCGACACACUACAGCUGCCGGAGCUGACAGUCAGCAGAGCGGUCAGCAGGAUGGCCAGCCAGGUCAUCAAGAACAGCCCCGAGAAGCUGCUGUCCAGCGCCAGACUGCUGACAGAGCUGGGGGUGCCGGUGUCUGAGCUGGGCCGCUCGCUCUACCUGCUGCGGCUGACCGGGGCGCGCCUGAGGCGGCGCGCGCAGCAGUGCAGGAAGCACGGAGUCCCGCUGCGAGCGCACUAUCUAGCCAUGACCGACGACAACUUCCAGAGGCGCGUGGCUCGCGGCGGCCCGCUCUGCGAGGAGACGGAGGACGUGGCGCUGACGGUGGCGCUGCGUCUGGGCGUCUCGCGGGACCGGGUGGUGGAGCAGACGCGCUGCUCGGACGUGCUGCGGACGCUGCGCGCCGGCCGUCUGGAGACGGUCACCGGCCUGCUGGAGCGCGCCGGCUACGGGCCCGCCGAGCGGCUGGCCGCCCUGCUGACCGUGUACCGCGGCCGGCCCGAGCGGCUGCGGCACCGGCUCGAGCUGUGCCGCCGGCUGGGCAGGCCCAAGCCGUCGCUGGCCGUGCUGGCCAUGGACCAGAGGAGGUUCGAGACCAGGCUGGCUCGGUGGGCCAGAACGGCGGGGGCGGAGGAGCCGGAUCGGGAAACUGUGCGGACCGAAGACACAGAGCGGCAGUGACGAUAGCGGUCUUGUGGCAGAGGAGAGGAGCACGGCGUGGUGAGUGAGAGCGACGUAGAGUCGCAGCGGCGUCCGUGGUGCUUAUCGGCAGUUUGGGAACAGUGGAGAACGGUUAUGCCGCGAAUCUGGAGACACGCCAGUCAGUUGAAGUUCAAUAGGCGGAGCUGGCCGUGUCAGUGUUCCCGUUUGCACUGGAUAUUACAUAUCCUUGUUGUGACGUGAUGCUUUAUGUUUACGGUUGUCAUUACGUUUGAUGCGCUGAUUAAGCCAACUAUUAGGGUAUAUUUAUCAGUAAAUCUGGAUACCGUGAAUGUUUGCUGAUCACUUUCAUGCAUUUGGCAACCCUAAUGUGCCUUCUCCGAGGCUUGUCAAUAAAUACUAUUGCUAUA